AUGCGGCUCUGUGAUCCUGAGCAGGUGGCCACGGUGGUGGACGUGUGGCGGCACAGUGCCAGCGAACACGUGCGUGCGGACGCCGGGGAUGUCCUCCUCGCGGUGAACCCGCUCCUCUUGGCGCCGCACGUCGACCCGGUGAUUGACGGCCUCGCGGACUGCAACUCGUUCGCGCGGCUGGCGGCCGUCGCAAUGCUUCAGAAGCUGCUCGGCCACGGAGUCCUCACGCCCGAGGUGCUGAGGCAGCACGACGAGCAGCUCAUGGGCUCCUUGCGGUCGGAGCACUGCGACGACGUCGUGCGCGAUCUGGUGGGCAACGAGCUCAUGACCGUCGCCUUCGAGCCGGGCGGCCUCGGCGCUAGCCGGGGCGACCUCAACGUGGCCGCGAACCGGUACUUCGGCCUGCAGCAGCGUGAGGGCGACGGGGCGCAAGAGGUGGCGCUCGGCCUGCUUGACGGGACCUUGCCGCAGCACCCGCUGGCCAUGCACGUCGCGUCGGGGGCCGUCGCAGAGGGGAACCUCGACGGCACGCUGCCGCACCACCCGCUGGCGAUGAGAGUCAUGUCCGGCACAGUGGCACCCGCCGUGGCGGAGGGACGGCUUGACGGCACGCUGCCGGAGGACCCGCGCAACGUGCGCCUCCUCGACGGCACGUGA